GAAGAGAAAAGAGCAAAACUUGCAGAGGCUGCAGAGAGAAGACAGAAGGAGGCUGCAUCUCGGGGGAUUUUAGAUGUUCGAUCUGUGGAAGAAAAGAGAAAGAAAAAGGAAAAAAUGGAAAAACAAAUUGCUACUUCUGGGCCUCCAUCAGAGGGUGGACUUAGAUGGACAGUUUCAUGAAGCAUCACAUGAGCAGAAGCGCCUCCUGCCAGUAAUUGGCCGUCAUCUGCAAGCAAGUGGGCUUCUUCCGUGGAAUUUCUUCUCCUUGGGUACUCGAGUCAGCUUGCGUAAUGUUCGUGCCCUUAAUUGCAGUACUAAAUCUGUGACGGUAUUGGGAAAAAGUUUGAUUUUCAGAUUUAGAGAAUGGCCAGAUCAUUCAUUAAAUUCUCAUGUUCUUUUUCUGCAGGAAA